GCGAUUGCGAGCCAAGCGUCGUCGGUGCCAAAGAAGAACCGGAGGAGGAUGCUGACCGAGAAGGAGCUCAAGAUCAAGGUGGGCGUGCUGAAGCGCUCGAAGAAGGACGUCGGCUUCUACGAGAAGGAGAAGACGAAGCAGCUCGAGAAGAUCGCGAGCAUGCGCAGCGACGCCAAGUACGACGACCACGACAUCCGCAAGCAGCAGGAGGUGCUUGCGGAGACUGAGGCCAUGUUGCCCGAGAGCUAUCAGCGCCUCGAAGCGAUUGCGCAAGAGAUCGAGAUGCUUCUGGAACAAGUGCCCGAAGGCACCGAGUGGGCCUGCAUUGCCGAAGCCAACGAGCUCUUGCACGCGUAAGAAGAGGCUUUCUGCAGAACGAUUAAUGGUGAUGUAUAUGCAUGGUCAUGGCGCUUUGGCCAGCUCGUCAAAGAGGUCCAUCGCGCGCUUGCAGCUCGAGGGCACGACCGAGUUGCACCCGCCUUCGCACGCGUUGCGC